UUCUUCUCUCUUACUGAGAAUUUCAGCUUCAUCCCGGUCAGCUGCUGAAUCGUUAAGCAGAAUGCCACUCUGUAUUUCCGUGUCUUUCGUGCGGACGGAACCUCUUUAGGGCAGCCACAUGCUUGCCAAAGAAUUCAAUCCCGAAUUCAAUCCCGAAUAUUAUUUAGCCCCUUAUUAUUUCCAUAACACCACAAAAGAAGAAGAAGAAGAAGACGAAGAAGAAGGGGGUGGGGGACUUCCUCGCCCUUGUUACUCCUAUGCCGUUCGCAUCGUAAGAUGCUCCGUGGAAGGGAGCCUAGCGGUGGGCAGCGGCUGCGAGUCCCCGAUACCGGGCGCCUCACAUUUCCGUGGCAUUCCCAUUUGCUAGUGCGCUGCCGCGGCCGCACGCCUGAUUGAUAUAUGACUGCAAUGGCACUUUUCCAUUUGACAUUCUCUCUCUCUCUCCCUCUCUCUCUGCCUCUCUCUCUCUCUCUCUCUCUCCCUGUGUCGCUUAAACAACAGUCCUAACUUUUGUGUGUUGCAAAUAUAAAAGGCAAGCCAUGUGACAGAGGGACAGAAGAACAAAAGCAUUUGGAAGUAACAGGACCUCUUUCUAGCUCUCAGAAAAGUCUGGGGAGAAAGGAGCCCUGCGUUUUCCCCCAAGCUGUGCAUCAGAUACAGUGAUGAUGGAUUGCGAGUGCAAACAGUAAGACGAAACUCCGGCAUACAAAGGACGAUGACAACCAGAAAGCUCCAACCAGAUCCUGCCCUUUCCUUGAAAGGAACUGGAGCCUAGGAGGUGAAGGCAUUUCCAAUUUUUAGUCCUUUGCCUCCCUCUGCUGUUCCUCUUGAGAAGUUUUCCCUUACAACAAUGAGAAAUCAUGUACUAGCUGCAUCCUUUUCUAUGCUCUCCCUGCUGGCGCUGAUGGGAGAUACAGACAGCAAAACAGACAGCUCAUUCAUGAUGGACUCCGAUCCUCGACGCUGCAUGAGGCACCACUAUGUCGAUUCUAUCAGUCACCCGUUGUACAAGUGUAGCUCCAAGAUGGUACUCCUGGCCCGGUGCGAGGGGCACUGCAGCCAGGCGUCACGCUCCGAGCCCUUGGUCUCCUUCAGCACUGUCCUCAAGCAGCCCUUCCGUUCCUCCUGUCACUGCUGCCGGCCCCAGACGUCCAAACUGAAGGCACUGAGGCUGCGCUGCUCUGGGGGCAUGCGACUCACGGCCACCUACCGGUACAUCCUCUCCUGUCACUGCGAGGAGUGCAGCUCCUGAGGCCUGCUGUUGAGUGGCUUCUGGAUGGGACAGUCCCUCCCCCUCGCUGAAACAGUUCAACCAGCCAGGGAAGGACUGGCAAGGGAAGAGUUAAGGCAAAAAAAAAAAUAUGUAGCAAUUCCCACGGGAUUCUGCGUAUUCUAGUAAUAAAGACUCUACAUGCUUGUUGACAGAGAUACUCUGGGAACUUGUUUUCCAUUCCCAUCUCCUUUCCCUGGUACAAUUUCUUUUGGUUCCUUUUCAGAUUCAGGCAAUUUCCCCCUUGGCGCUGAAUGCUGUUUGGGUUUCCAACAAUUCAGCAUUAGUGGGAAAAGUAGGCCCCCAUGCAAGAGUGGGUCAGGCUGUCACUGUUUGGCGCAGAUUAGGGAAGCAUUUGCUUUGGAAAGCAGGAAAGCCCAAUUCUUUCUGGGACAUCCUCUGGCUUUUUUUUUUUU